CUGGCGGCCGAGCUGAAGGUACAAAGCAUUCAGGUCUUCAGCGACUCUCAGCUCGUCGUCCACCAGGUGAAUGGCAGUUGCGACAUCAGGGAUCUCCAGCUCGGCCGUUAUGCCUCUAUGGUCAACAGAUUGAAGUCAAGAUUUGCUUCAUUUCAGAUCGACAAAAUACCGCGGGCAGAUAACCACCGAGCUGAUGAGCUGUCAAAGUUAGCCUCCUCGCAGAACAUUAACCCUCGAAGGUCAACAAUCAUCGAGGUGCUUGACGCACCAAGUUACACUGAUUUCACAGUCGACUGUCAACUACUCAGUACAGAUCCCUCCACACCGAGCUGGACUACACCACUCAUAAAUUAUCUGCAAAGUGGCGAGUUGCCUGAAGAUCUGUCCGCUGCGAAAUCGAUUAAACGAAGGGCAGCACAUUUCACUUUGUUAGAUAACCACCUCUACAAACGUGCAACCUCAAUGCCCCUCUUACGCUGCCUUACUCCUUAUGAAGCCGAAUAUGCCGUGAGAGAAGUUCACGAGGGAGUUUGUGGCACGCACAUCGGUGGCAGAACCUUAGCCCGGAAGCUCCUAAGGCAUGGUUAUUACUGGCCCACUAUGGUCGAGGACGCACAAAAUUAUGUCAAAAAGUGCCCGACUUGCCAGUUCAAUGCUGAUGAUAUUCACAUGCCAGGGGAAAUGCUGUCAUCUCUUACGUCUCCCUGGCCCUUCGCUCAAUGGGGUGUCGACCUGCUCGGCCCCUUCAUCAAAGGCAAAGGAGGCUGCACUUUCCUGGUCGUCGCAAUGGAUUACUUCACUAAGUGGAUAGAAGCUAAACCAUUAUCCACCACAACAGAAAGAAAAAUAGAAGAAUUCUUGUUCAAUUCAAUAUUGUGCAGGUAUUCUUUGGUGACCAAGUUCCGAGCAGCGGCGUUGAGAUCGUUUUGCAACGAUUACGGCAUUGAGCUCGCCUUGACAUCUGUGUACACUCCACAGUCCAAUGGGCAAGCCGAGUCCGCCAAUAAAAUCGUCUUGCGGGGCCUCAAGGCACGAGUGUUGGCUACACAUUCUAAUUGGGUUGACGAGCUCAAUAAAGUGCUUUGGUCUUGUCGUACCACACCCAGCUCGGCCACAGGCGAAACCCCUUUCAGCCUGGCCUAUGGAGCUGAGGCCGUCAUCCCAGUGGAAGUGGGAUUGCCAUCCGAUAGAUCAGAUCGCCAUGACAAUCAGACUCAUCAAGAGGCGUUGAAGAAGGAAAUAGAAAGAUUAACCCAAUUAAUGCACCACCAACAAAAGCUCAGGAAGAUGAAUGGCGCUGCGACGGACAACCAUGCACCACCGCAACAACCACCGUCAACUGCUGACCCCGUUGCUUGUACGGACAAGGAUCAAGUUUUCAACUAAAAUGGAGAUGAGAGGAGAGGAAAGAGGAAAGGAUUAGCGUGGAGCAAUUGCAGUCUGCUAAUUUUGGGGGGAGUUUUCACGUGAUGUGUGUUUCCAAUUGCCAGCAAUGCUCCGUGGGUGGGGCUCUUGACAGGAUUUGUGAGGUUAAUUGGGCUAGGGAGAAGGCCACGUGGAUUUUUAGGAUAGGGUGGUCAUGCAAACAAUUUCUUUUUCUUUUUUAAUUUAACAGUGUUGUGUGGGGUUUUGAUUUUUUUUUUUUUUUGGGGGGGGGAAAUUGUCUGAUUGGUUAUUUUUUAAUUUAUUUUUAUUGACUUUCAAAUAUAUUAAUUAAUUAGGAGGUGCAGUAGGACAUGUUGGUGGGGUUGCCUUGGGAUGGAAGAGGGAGGGGUUUGGCAGUGUCAAGGGACAAUCUACAAAAUGAUUGUUAAUGUCUGAUUGUUUGUCCAAAAUGAAAAAAAUAAAAUAAAAUAUUGAUCUUUGC